AUGGUACUUCUAAGUCCCUCAAUCAGGGGUCUUAGACGACUACUCAACAUCUGUGAACAAUAUGCUAGAGAUCACGGCCUUAAAUAUAAUGUUAAAAAGACGCAGAUGAUGGUUUUCCGUGCAGGCAAGGGCCCGGAGAGGAUCCCGUCGGUUUUCUUAGAUGGAGUUCCUGUAGAAAGGGUGGCGCAAUUCAGGUAUCUGGGGCAUAUUUUAACUGAGGAUCUACGUGAUAACCAAGACAUGGAACGAGAAAGAAGGGCUUUGUCUGUUCGGUGCAACAUGCUCGCACGCAGAUUUGCGCGGUGUAGUACUGAGGCGAAGCUGACACUGUUUAGAGCAUAUUGUCAAUGCUUUUACACGUGUCAGCUUUGGGUCAACUGCACCGCAAGUGCACGUAGCAGCAUCAGAGUGCAGUAUAAUAACGCAUACCGUAUUCUGAUGAAACUGCCUAAAUACUGCAGCGCGUCGGGCAUGUUUGCUGACGCCAAAGUGCCCGAUUAUUUCGCGAUUAUUAGAUCUCGGGUUGCGGCUUUCUGGUUCCGCAUCCGCAAUUCUCAGAACGAGAUCCUCAGGGUAUGCUCUGAGUGUCCUGAAAAUCGCAUACCGAAGUACUGGCUUGCCGUGCAUCGUGGCAACAACCGUAAAUAA